AUGGCCUCCCCAACCCCAGCGCCGUCCUCUCCCACCCUUCAAGAAGAACUCGCCCUCGCAAUCCGCCACGAACACACAGCCCUCAACCAACUCCUCUCGAACCGCCUCCCACUCUGCCUGCCUCCCCACACUUCCGACCCCUUCAUCUACGCACAAGGUCUCUGCGUCGUGCGCCACCUCUACACCGGCUUCGAGUACGCCUGGGAGACCCUCCUCUCACAACCACCCUCCGACGACUCCUCAAUACCUACACCAUCAUACCUCCACACUCUCCGCACCCCAAACCUCUCCCGCCACCUCCGCCAGAGCCGUGACGUCCACGACCUCAGCCAACAACUGGGCCCUCACCGAACGAUCCAACUAGAAAAACUAAUCGGCGCAACAAUCCACUUCCACAAAAGCACAUUUACCCUCAACCUCCAACACCCCCACUUGAUCCUAGCGUACGCGUGGACGCUAUACCUCGCGAUCUUCAACGGCGGGCGCUUCAUCCGCGCUGAGCUCGAGAAAGCGGGGCCGGGGUUCUGGGGUGGGAGUCCGGACAAGCGGGACUGGCCGCUGGAAUUCUUCAACUUCGCUGGCAAGGAGGAUGGCAAUGAUGUUGAGAGGGAGUUUAAGCGGAGGUUUGAUAUUGCAGGGGAGGAGUUGAGCAGGCAGGAGAAGGAUGACGUGGUGGCGGAAGCGAAGAGGAUCUUUGGGGUGUUUGAGGCGGUGGUGAGGGAGUUGGAUCGGAGGGUUGUUGAUGGGGAGGGGUUUGGUGGCGUUGUGUUGGGAGGGAGGAUGGCUUUGAGGAGGGUGCUGCAGAGUCCGAGUGUGGUUGUUGGUGGUGUAUUGGGGUGGGUGUGUAGGGGGUGGUGGAUGGUCGUUGGGCCGUGCUUGGGAAGGAGGAGAAAGAUUUCUGGGGGAAGAGGCGCACUCGGACAUGAAGUGCAGGGCGAGGAGAAGGCGUAG